UUGAUCUGAUACAGAUGGGUACUUCUGACUCUUCUGUAUAUGUAAGGGAGAUCUGUCAUUCCUUCACAAUUAAGAAGUCCUCAAUGAAGAGCCAGCGUGGUGUAGCCAGCGUGGUGCUCAGAGUGCAGGAGUAAGGACCGGAGAGACCCGAGUUCAAAUCCUCAUUCAGCCAUGAUACCUGCUGGUUGACUCUGGGCCAGUCACUUCUCUCUCAGCCUGCCUAACCUACUUGACAGGGUUGUUGUGAGGAGAAACUUAAGUAGGUAGGACACCGCUCUGGGCUCCUUGGAGGAAGAGCGGGAUAUACAUGUAAGAAAGAAAGAAAUGGACGUACACUUGACUUUCAGCGGACUGCAGAGUUUUUGCUUUUGGCUUUGGUUUGGAAAAAAGGUGACCAUGCAAGAGUGAUUAGCCCCACUCAACUACAGAUGAAUGCAUGGAAUAUGAGAUGGGAGAUAUUGAGGUUGUACACAACCUCCUUUACCGGGGCUGGGGGAGGCCAAGGGGAAGGCAGUUUGACUCCUGGAGUCCCCCCACCCCACCAUAGCUGCUCCUGCCCCACUCGUGGCACUGUGCUCCCAAACGUGUGCCCCACACACGGCACUCUGAGUCACACCUUCAAAGCUCUACAUGGCUUGGGGCCGGGGAAGCUGUCGGACCACAUUUGCCCAUAUCAGUUUGCCAGGGCCCUCCGUUCAUCCUCUCAGGCCCUGUUGGCUCAUGGCCCCACCACUGAGGGAGAUCCUGUUUGUGGGGACUAGGGACAGAGCCUUUUCGGUUGUGGCCCCUCGGCUUUGGAAGGCCCUCCCUGAAGAGCUUGGCCACGUUUUUAAAAAACAACAACACACCCCUUCUGAAGGAGGCCACAUGCGUAACAACGAUCGGGCAAGGGGAGACAGUUGUCUAGGGGCCCCACUGCCUGGAGGGGCCCCCCAGAGGCACCUCACGUGACUCCCCAUUGUCCCCUGCCCAGCCCCAAGGCCCCUCAGCCACUUGCCCUGUUCGCCGUCUCUCCUGCUUGUUCACCUGGCCCGCAAUGGAAGCAGCAGACAAGCUGCAAAGAGCUCCUUUUCUCCCGCCUCUCAGCUGAUUGGCGGGUGGGCGGGGCUUCCACGGAGGUCUGGUGUAGGCCGCAGUGAAGCCUGAACUCGAGUAGGGCCCAAGCCAGCCAGGAAGGAGGAGGCAGCCAGAGUGGCCACCACUGUUCUCUGCAGCAGAAGACCCCUUGCUGCCCUGCCCAGCCCAGCCCAUCAUUUGCCAGGUAGAGUGUGAACUCCUUUUUGUGGUUACCUUUCCCACCCCCCACCCACCCCCCGGAUAUAUAGGGAUCUGCUUGCCAUAGGGCUUUGAUAUGGGGGGUGGGACUGAGAAGUCUCUGAAUAUUUAUUUUAAAACAGCUUGGAAAAUUUGCUGGCUUAAAAAAAAAACUAUCUAAAAAGUCCUAUAAGUGGCUUGUUUCAUGGCAGAAAAUUACAAAAACUAUUGGAACAAACAGUAUUAUAUAUAUUUUAUUCAUUCAUUUAUAAUAAUUAUAAUAAUAAUAAUCUUUAUUACGGUCGUUGACCAGCACAAGUUGUAAAACAGUAAUACUAUACAGUAAAUGCAAUAUAAAGAAAGUGUUGCAGUAUUACGGAGAUUAAAAUUGAUGUAGCAUUAAGACUACAUUCAUUUAUAAAUACACUUAUGUUCAAGUUGUUUUGCAACCCAGAAGGUCUGAGUGAGAACUGUGAAGCAUGUGUGGUGCUCUUAUUUUAUUUUUCUUGUGUGUGAACUGCUCCCCAAUAACUCGCAGGGACUUCAGGGUAAAUCUGGCCAUGUAAAUGCAGCACCUCCAUUCCAGAGGAGAUGUGUGUUAAAGGGCUUUAAAAGCCCCAUUUGAAAAACCUCCUGGAAUCAAACUUGACUGAAUUUGUUCAGAAUUCUGAGAAAACAAACAUAGGCUCACCCUGCAUGGUUGAAAGUCUCCUUUGCUAAUCUGCAGCGAGGGGGCCAUUUUAAUAAUUUGUCUUUCUAGUGUGUUCUAGGCAUUAAAAGUAGCACAGAUGUAUAGUACUCAAUGUAUAUCACUAUAUAUUGUGACGUGUGCGUGUGUGUAUUCAGUGAAAUGUAUUUCCAGGCAGCAUACUUAUUUUGAAAUAUCAGACUUAAAUCCUUGGGAACCUGGGGUGUGCGGAGGCCCUGGACUUUGAGGGGGGGGCAUUUUAAAAUCUCAUCUCUGGGCCCACUCCAACCUUGCUACGCCCCUGAAGGAGGCUUUUUCAUGUUCUUCAUUGAUCCUGUUUUUAGUGCCCGUGUGGUGUAGUGGUUAGAGUGCUGGACUAGGAGACCCAAGUUCAAAUCCCCAUUCAGCCAUGAGACUUGCUGGGUGACUCUGGGCCAGUCACUUCUCUCUCAGCCUAACCUACUUCGCAGGGUUGUUGUGACUAGAAACUUAAGUAUGUAGUACACCGCUCUGGACUCCUUGGGGGAAGAGCAGGAUAUACAAUGUGAAUAAUAAUUAUUAUUAUUAUUAUUAGUAGUAGUAGUAGUAGUAGUAGUUGGUAUAUGUGCAAUGAUUAAAGUUCUUCGUUGAUUCUGUUGUAUUAGUUGGUUCUGCUGUGCUGUUAUUUCCACCUUGUAACUAGUUGGGCCAGGAGAAGGAGAGGAAGGCAGUGAUGGGGGGGGGGCAUUUUAAAAUCUCGUCUCUGGGCCCACUCCAACCUUGCUAUGCCCCUGGAGAGAAAGAUGGGGGAAGAACCUUUGGGGAGAUGGAGGGGAUGGUGUGCCUGCAGAGCAAACUAGGCCUUCCUGUUCUGUUCUGCCUUCUAAGCACCUUUAAACCCUCUCUCUCCAGGGCAAGGGCAUUAAGUGCCUAGUCUGCUGAGGGGCCAUUUAUUUUAGUCAAUGAUAUAUACUGCUUUUCAGGGAAAUUUACCAAAGCUGAUUUAUUUAUUUAACAUAUUUUGUAUACCAUCCCAAACUUACGUCUCUGGGCGGUUUACAACAAUUGCAUUUUAAAAAGUGAACAAAGAACUGUUACCCGUGAAUCUAAGCAUUUCAUAUUGAUCUAUAUGUAUUGGUCCUAGGGUAUAUAGUUAAUGGAGAACUGAGCUCUUGCUACACCAUUUGGAUGGUAGCUGAAGAGAGCAAGAGUCCCCUCCAUCUUGUAUUCCUGAAUGUAUGUCAGUGGGAAAGAAUCUGCUUAGUAUGCUUUGGUUCUCAUACUCUGUGCCUCGCAGACCUUGUAACUUGCAACAUAGUGUGUAUUCUCUAUGCCUUGCUUUGUUCUGGCCUACUGGUCAGGAGAGGUGAUGAUGCUGGUAUCUGAACUGCCUCCUCGAAAGCUGCAUAAGCACUCCUUUAACAAUGGUAGUAUUGUAAGCCUGUUGGCCUAAUAUGGAGUUGUACCUGGCUGGCUUGCUGUGAAUGAUGAUGUAUUCAGAUGUAUCAAUUGUUGUAUAAAAGCUUUGGACGGACACCAUCUUAGGUCCGUCUUGUCUUUGGGAGCUAUCCCCUAGAUGGCCACUUUGUUAACUCUGCAGAAUUCAAUAAAGCUUAUUUGAACUAUAAAGUUUUCUCCUCCUUGGUGCGUACCCUAUCGUCUACCAAGUAGAUAGUAACCCGUUGGUUAACAGAACCACACUAAAAGCAACGGAGAUAUUUUCCGUAUGGAGCUCUUUGGGCUUUAUCUCUUCCGUCCUCUCCUCAGACCCAGAUAACUCUUGUUUAUUCAGUGGUCUGUUGGCAGUUGCGGGAGGGAGUGGUCCUGCAGGGUUGCACAACUUCAGCCUGCUUCCUAGAAGAGCAGCAGAUCAGAAGGAAGGCAUGAAAAGAGGGAACAGAGAAGCUGCUUCCUUUUCCUUUCUCUCCCUCAGCAACGUGGUCUGGGGUGCAGCGGCCGAGAACUUCCUCCGUGUUUCUCCCCCCGGUGUGAUCUGGUGGUACCUCCUGGCACUCCCUGUGCCAUUUUCACCUGGGGGUGUCAGAAUCCCUCCAAGGUCUGCCCUGCUUCACACAGGGAGGGCACGUGAGCGACCAACUCAUCACUCGCUAUGACAGCAACACCAGGAGGGAUCAGCCUCAGGUUGCCAGGAUGGAGAAAGCAGAGGAUGCCUGGCCCUGGAAGCGGGAGACCCAGCAUGCUCAGGAGGCCGAGGACUUUUCCAAGGUGGCCCUGGCGACACCCUGCAGACUCGUUACAACCAGAGUGGAGGGGAGUGGAAUUUGCUGGUGGAUGCUGCCCACCCCCCAGGAAAGAAGUCGUCUCUGCAAAUCUGACUACAGCCAAAGGGAGUGGGGACCAAAGGGAACCCCUGCUUCAUUGGAUAAGCAAGUAUUGCUGAUCUGGGAUCUGUGUCUAGUUACGAGCCCGCCUGGGCCUUAAUUGUCUGAGAUCAUACAGGCCCAACCUUUCACACAAGCUUCUGCUGCAAAAGGUGGAGAGAGUUUGACAGGCUGCAGACAAUCCUGCUCUGUGUGUCUCCUUCAGGACUUCAUGCCUGGCAGUGCCUAGUUGGCUGUGAGCUGAGCAAAGACGGGAAGCAGAAAGGAAGGUUUAUGCAGUGCGGCUAAGAUGGGAGGGACUUCAUCAGCCUGGACAAGGAGACCUUCACCUGGACGGCAGCUGAUGCUCCAGCCCAAGCGACCAAGAAGAAAUGUUAGGAUGACCCAAGCAUUGCCCUGCAUUGGGAGCCCUCCCUGGAGGAGAAAUGCACUGAGGGCUGCAAAAUUACCUGGUCUAUGGGAAAGAUACUCUGCUAAAGACAGGUGAGGAGGGGAAGGAGGAGGAGAAAUGCACUGAGGGCUGCAAAAUUACUUGGUCUAUGGGAAAGAUACUCUGCUAAGGACAGGUGAGGAGGGGAAGGGGAGAUGCUCUGGGGUGAAGGUGAGAAUCAUUUCAUUUCUCCCACUGACUAGCCAAUAUAUACUGCACAACAUAUACCUGGAGAUGCUGGGGAUUGAACCUGGGGAGUUCAGCAUGCUUGCUUGCUUGCUUGUUUACAUUUUAUAUCCUGCUCUUCCUCCAAGGAGCCCAGAGCGGUGUACUACAUCCUUAAGUUUCUCCUCACAACAACCCUGUGAAGUAGGCUAGGCUGAGAGAGAAGCAACUGUCCCAAAGCAGAGUCCCCAACAGUGAAGGUGGCAUCCAGCGUGAGCUAUGAGGACCUGGAAACCCUCAUCUGCCGGAUUAGUGCCUUCUAUCCCAAGGAGAUCAAUGCCACCUGGAGGAAGGACGGGGAGGUCUGGGAGCAGGAGACCCUCUGUGGGGGCGUCACUCCCAAUUCAGAUGGGACCUACCACACCUGGCUCAGCACUGACAUUGACCCCAAGGACACGGACCGCUACCAGUGCCACCUGGAGCACAAUGGCUUCCCAGAGCCACUGGACGUGGCCCGGGAAGAGCCUGGCGAGAUACUGCAGAGGAGGGAGAGGAGAGGGUGUGGUGGAUCCUGGGAAGUGAAUACUGUCUUUUCCUAAUUUUAAUCUACCCUCAUGCAUUAGACUCCCUAGGCUAGUCUGGUUGGCAGGGACUAGAGACAGUUCCUUUUCAGUUGUGGCCCCCGCUUUAGAACACCCUCCCUGAAGAACUUCACCAUGCUCCCUCCCUCAGUGGUUUUUAAAGACAUCAUUUUAAAAGAGGCUUUUUAAUGUUCCAUCUUUGGUUGUAUCAGCCUUGGGGUUCUACAUGCAGCUUCUUGGAGGAAUAUUCUUGGCGAUUGUGGCUGUCAUUCUGCUGGUCUUUACAUGACCAUGGUUCCCUGAACCCCACUGUUCUCCAUAGACUGCAAAUUAGCCAAUGCAGGUGAUGGGAGGGAGAACAAGAUUGAGGGAAAGACCCACCGUGAAUUGCUUGGAGGUACCAGAUGGGAAAAGAGCGAAGAGCAGAGAAUAAAAACUGAGGCAAAAGAGGAGAUAAGGAAUGGUUCUUCUGCUUCUCAGCCUGGUGAGGUCAUUAUAAUCCAAGUACAAAUGGAGAGAGGAAAUGAGAAAAGUCUGUAUCCUGUGAGUAGGAAAAGCUUCAGAUCUGCACCAAGCUUUAUUCCUCAAUGGGAAAUGCACACUGGAGAGAAACCAUAUGUAUGCAUGGAGUGUGGAAAGGGCUUCAGCCGAGCUAUGUGCCUCAAAUCACAUCAAAGAACCCACACUGGAGGGAAACCGUAUAUAUGCAUGGAGUGUGGAAAAAGCUUCAGUCAGAAUGGGCAACUUACAGUCCAUCAUAGAACCCACACUGGAGAGAAACCAUAUGUAUGCAUGGAGUGCGGAAAGGGCUUCAGCCGAGCUAUGUGCCUCAAAUCCCAUAAAAGAACCCACACUGGAGAGAAACCUUAUGUAUGCAUGGAGUGUGGAAAGAGCUUUAUUAUGAGUAGUGACCUUACUGUCCAUCAAAGAACCCACACUGGAGAGAAACCAUAUAAUUGCUUCGAGUGUGGAAAAAGUUUCAGUACGAGUGGAAGUCUUACUCUGCAUCAAAGAAUCCACACAGGAGAGAAACCAUAUGUAUGCAUGGAAUGUGGAAAGAGCUUCAGUAGGAGUGGCAAUCUUACUGUACAUCAAAGAACGCACACUGGAGAGAAACCAUAUACAUGCAUGGAGUGUGGAAAGAGCUUCAGUAGGAGUAGCCUUCUUAGUAGGCAUCAAAGAACCCACACUGGAGAGAAACCAUAUAAAUGCUUGGAGUGUGGAAAGAGCUUCAGUAGGAGUGGAUACCUCACCAUACAUCAAAGAACCCUCACUGGAGAGAAGCCACAUGAAUGUUUGGAAUGUGGAAAGAGCUUCAGUCAGAGUAGAGAUCUUACCAGACAUCAAAGAACCCACAAUGGAGAGAAACCAUAUGUAUGCAUAGAGUGUGGAAAGAGCUUCAGUAGGAGUGGAAACCUUACCAUACAUCAAAGAACCCACACUGGAGAGAAAUCAUAUAAUUGCUUCGAGUGUGGAAAAAGUUUCAGUAGGAGUGGAAGUCUUACUCUACAUCAAAGAAUCCACACAGGAGAGAAACCAUAUGUAUGCAUGGAAUGUGGAAAGAGCUUCAGUAUGAGUGGCAGUCUUACUGUACAUCAAAGAACGCACACUGGAGAGAAACCAUAUACAUGCAUGGAGUGUGGAAAGAGCUUCAGUAGGGGUAGCCUUCUUAGUAGGCAUCAAAGAACCCACACUGGAGAGAAACCAUAUAAAUGCUUGGAGUGUGGAAAGAGCUUCAGUAGGAGUGGAUACUUUACCAUACAUCAAAGAACCCACACUGGAGAGAAACCAUAUGUAUUCAUGAAGUGUGGAAAGAGCUAUAAUGUGAGUAACCAUCUUAGUAGGCAUCAAAGAACUCACACUGGAUAAAAAAUAUAUAAAUGCUUGUUGUGUAGAAAGAGCUUCAGUCAGAGUGGAUACCUUACCAUACAUCAAACAACCCACACCGGAGAGAAGCCACAUGAAUGCUUGGGAUGUGGAAAGAGCUUCAGAGAGAGCACAUCUCUUACCAAGCAUAAAAGAGUUCAUACUAGAGGGAGACCCUUUAAAUGCUUUGAAUGCAGAAAGAGCUUCAGUGAGAGUGUAAGCCUUUCUAAACAUCAGAUGACUCAUAUAGGGGAGAAACAAUAUAAAUGCUUGGUGUGUGGAUAGAGGUUCAGUGAUGGUUGAAAUCUUACUAAACACCAAGGAACCCACACUAGAGUUAAACCAUAUAAAUGUUUGUAGUAUGAAAAGUGCUUCAGUAUGAGCAGAUCAUUUACCAUCCAUCAAAGAAUCCACACUGGGGAGAAACUGUUUGGGAGUGCAAAAAGUGCUUCACCUGAGCUGACCAUCUCACAGUGCAUCCAAGAACUCAUUUUGUGAAGAAGCCACAUAAAUACUAGAAGUGUUGCAAGAGCUCCAACCAAACUUGACGGCUUAUUUUGCAUCAAUGAAUCCAUACAGGGGGGAAACCAUAUAAAUAUAUGCAGUUUGAAAAGUUCCAGCAUGAAUUUUCCUCUUACUUUACAUCAAAUAACCCACAUUGGAACAUAGAAACUUAGAAAGCUGCCAUAUACUGAAUCAGACCAUAGGUCUACCUAGCUCAGUAUUGUCUACACAGACUGGCAGCAGCUUCUCCAAGGUUGCAGGCAGGAAUCUCUCUCAGCCCUCUCUUGGAUAUGCUGCCAGGGAGGGAACUGGGAACCUUCUGCUCCUCCCAGAGCGGCUUCAUCCCCUGAGGGGAAUAUCUUACAGUGCCCACACAUCAAGUCUCCCAUUCAUGUGCAACCAGGGCGGACCCUGCUUAGCUAAGGGGACAAGUCAUGUUUGCUACCACCAGACCAGCUCUCCUCUCCUGGAAAGAAAUGCUAUAAAUGCUUGGAGUGUGGAAAUAGCUUCGGCCAAAGUUCACACACAACAGUGGCGUAUCUGGUUUGGGGUAGCCGGGGCGCCACUUGGAGUGCCACAGUGCCGCUGCCUGUCUGCCCAGUCUGGGGUUUUAUUGGCUGUUGUGGUGGUGGUGGGGUGUUCAGAGCAGGGCCCGCAUUGCCAUUUAUCCCCAGCCGCGUGUCUUCCCAACUGCACUUUGUGCGCCUGCGCAGCAGAAAGAGCGUCACUGUGAUGUUCGGCCCCCGCCGUGUCUUUCCACACCUGUGCAGGCAAGCACCUCGCAGUGGGGGAAAUACGCAGUGGGGGCCGGACGUCAGGGCAGGCCCUGCUCUGGGCAUGAGGUU